CAAACAGAACGACAAUUGCAAAGUUUAAAGGUUGUGAAACAACGAAGUCGCGAUCGAGAACGAAGAAAUAAACUGCUAAUAAAAGAAUGACUUCCACUGUUAUCGAAACAUUAAUAAGAGAAUGUCACUCAGCAAAAGAACAAGCAUAUUCUCCUUAUAGCAAUGUCCGAGUUGGUGCUGCAUUGUUGUGCGAAGAUGGGACAAUAGUUCAAGGAUGCAAUGUUGAAAAUGCUGUUUAUCCGCUUACUUGGUGUGCAGAAAGAACAGCUAUCGUAUCUGCAGUCAGUCGCGGAUUUCGUAAAUUUAAAGCAAUCGCAGUGACUAGUGAUAUUAUUGAGAAGCCAAUCACUCCAUGUGGUGCCUGUCGCCAGGUAAUGGCAGAAUUUGGAACUGAUUAUGAUGUGUAUAUGGUGAAGCCAGACUCUACAUAUACCAAGAUUUGGUAAAUAGAUAAAGACAAUCAUCAGAUAAAGACAAAAAUAUGUGGCAAUUAUUUUUUAUUGAUUCCUAUACUUUUAAGUUUGCAACAAGAAGUAAAUACUUUCCUCUGCUGGUAGUUCAAGAUGAUCCAUUCUUCAUCUUGUGUUGCAAAUGAGGUGCAUGCCUUUCAAUUAGUAGUUUGCAAAAGCAGCAACUUACACUGUGGCAAAUUUAAAUGACUAAAUUUAUGGCAGGGUUUAAUAAAUUGUAAAACAUUUUAAAUAAUUUUGAAUACUAUUUAGAAUCUCUCGCUUUUAAAGCUAA